AUGGCCAGGGCUGAUCAAGAGGCGAGCCUUGGGUCUGGGAACUCGGAGCUACAAGUCUAUGAUACGAUAACGGUUCCAAAAGAGCGGAUCUCCGAUUACUACCAAGAAUUUGCCCACACGUCUCAAAAGCCAAAGAUGACUCCUUCUCAAUACAUCUCUUCCAUGUCUCUCACGACCGAGGAAAAAUACGCCGCGAUACGACGAACAAAACCUGCCCAGAUCAUCGAAUACUUUGACAUGAAAAAGACAACUUAUCAGACCGAGACGCAAGUCAAAGUCGACGAGGCUGUCUUUCAAGCGUUUCCGUCUGAAAUCGUCUUCCAGAAUUUCUCCGCGAAGAGGACUUAUCAAGUCCCAAUCCAGCUAAGAAACAACGACAAGGUGCCACGUUCGAUCCAGAUUUCCCGUGAAAACGGCCCGUAUUUCUCCGUUACUGUACCAGAAGAGACCAACAGUAAAAUCGCGCCUGGAAUGAGCUUCAUGAUCUUCGUCAACUUCUCCCCCGAAGUUGUAAAGGACUACGAUCACGAUUUAGUCUGCGUUUCCGAACGAGAACGAACAGUAAUCCCAAUCAAGUGCAUUGGUGCGAGAGGACUUUUGGACUUUCCGGACUUCGUCUCACUUGACGAGUGUCCUGUCAAAAUGACCAAAGAAAAGACUCUUCUGGUCCGAAACAUUGGAAAAGAUACCGUCAAGUUCUCGAUGCAAACAGCGGACAAAGCAUUUGUCGUCAACCCUUCUCACGGCGAAUUAAAGGUUGAUGAAGCGAUGCAAGUGCACAUUGAGUUUAGCCCACUAAACAUUGGCGUCAUCAGCAGCGAACUUGAAGUCCGAUUUGAAACUGGCGAGUCGAUCUUUGUCACUCUUCAAGGAAAAUGUGUCCAGAUGAAUGUCCAGCUUACACAAACAAAACUCAAACUAAGCGAUACAUUCGUUGGAACCGUCAACUACAAGUCUUUCCAGAUCGUCAACAAGGGUGAUGACAUCGUCAAAUAUAGAUUCACCAACUACUCGACGAUCGAUGAUGAGAACAGAUUCCGAACCCUCGUCUCAAGCGAAUUAGAUGAGUUGAAAGAAGCUGCGGAGAACAAGGUGAAAUUGGAGAGCGUUGAAGGAAACGGCGACGCAGCAAAACUUGCGGAAAAUCUCAGCAUUUUGAAUCGAACCUACAAAACUGAGCACCUCCGCGCGAGCAGCGACCCGAUGCUUCUGGACGAUACUCUUUUCGAAGUCCUCCCAGUCGAAGGCCAGAUUUAUCCAGGAACUUCUGUCGAGAUUUCUGUUAUCUUCAAGCCCGACACCGUUGGACUCGUCGAGCGGCAGCUUUUCUGCGACGUUCAAGGACGAGAACUCCGCGUUCCGAUCGACGUCAUUGGAAAGGCAGUUGGUCCGAUUCUUGCUUUCAGCUUCGACUCUAUCGACAUUGGAGAAAUUUUCGUUGGUUCCCGUCACAGUUAUGACGUCGUCGUCAUCAACAAAGGAGAGAUUGACGGAAAACUUAAACUUGUGCCGAACAACAGCGCCUUUGGAGCUCGAUUUACCUUCAACCCAUCUGAUAUCACUGUCGCUGCGAACUCUAAGAGUCUCAUUGAAAUGUCCUUCAUCUCAUCAAAACUUGGAAAGUUCCGAGAAGUAUUCGAAUUCAACAUUGAUGGCUGCUCAGAGCCACUGAGAAUCGAUGUGAAAGGAGAAGUCAUUGGACCUACUCUUCACAUUGAGCCAAAGAAAAUCGAGUUUGGAACUGUUUCACUUGGAUUCGAACACGAAACCGAGUUUUCCAUCUUCAACACGUCCUUGGUUGAGCUCGACUACAGAAUCGUUGCCGAUCGAAUCUUCAUUGGUGCUGAUUUUGAAAUCAUCCCUUCCCACGAAAAGAUGCCACCAGAAUCUGAGAGCAAAGUCAAACUGAAGUUCAAGCCAAACAUGGAAGGUAUCUUUGCCUGUGCGCUAGAAAUGAAUGUCCCUGGAAUCGGAGAAAACGUCGUGCAGAUUCCCGUUCAAGCCGAAUCACGCAUUCCCGAGAUUUCCCUAACGAAGGAUAUGUUUGAUUUGGGAACAAUUCCACUCGAUUAUGUUAUCGAAGAAACCAUCGAAAUCAUCAACCACAACGCUGACCUCGAAGCUUCCUUCAUCCUCGAAUACAGCAAAGUCAACGCCGACUUGGAGAUUAAUCCGAAACUCACGAAGGGAGUCAUUCGAGCUGGAGAACAUCUCAAGAUUCCUAUCUCACUCAAAGCAAACAUGCUCGGUCUUCUCAGAGAAACUGUUGAAGUCCACCUCGUUGGAGUCCCCGAGCCACUUCUUUUCGACAUUCAAGGAGUCGGACAAGGACCAGAAGUGGAAUCAAGCGAGCAAGAAAUAAUAUGGGGAGAAGUUCCAGUUCUCACUGCAAUCACGAAAACGAUGCAACUAACAAAUACUUCCCUCAUUCCAGCAAAGUUUCAUGCGAUGUUCCACAAGGAGAAUACUGUUUGGGAGGUUCAACCGGCAUUUGGAGAGAUUCCACCAAAAAGUCAGCUCGAUUUCAAAAUAACGGUCAACAUCAACGACUGUAUCGAGUUCAGGGAUAUCCUCGAAAUCUACAUCGAACACGGAGAGAACGUAAAAAUCAAUCAUGAAGUACAAGGAGUUGGAACAACGAUCAUUUGCGAGCCAGAAAUGAACGCUCUUCCCGGAAAUGGAAUCGAUCUCGGUCACGUGUACACAACCAACGAAGAAGUUCGAAAGUUCAAGCUCAAGAAUAUGGGCCGCCGACAUCAACAACUUCGCUGGACCGUGGCAAAUUUCGACAAACGCGCUCAGAAAGCAGCGAAUGAGAUCGCUAAGUACAAACAGCUGAAAGAGACGAAAGACAUACGAUACUGCAAUCUUCAGCCCCCGCCACCAAAACCGGUCUGUGCUUUCAAAGUUACUCCAGCGACUCUUGAGCUUCCACCAGGAGCGGAAGGCGAAAUCGAGCUUCAAAUCAAAUACGAUCUUCCGGAAAUGAUCAAAGAAAACCUCAUUUGUCACUCCAUCAUCGGAAUCGCGAAGACGAAGGACAAAAUUCUCGAGAUACCCGUUCAAUGCCAAUUCAUCAACCCUUUUAUUGAGUAUUCAACGAGCUCAGUCAGCUUUCGCGUCGACAAGAAGCCAACGGACAAGUUCAAAAUUCUCCAAGACGAAGUCACGAUCACCAACGUUAGCGCCCUCCCCGCUGUGCUGCGAUGUGAAUAUCCAUUUUACAUCCACAGCGUUGGCAACUUCUCACAGAAAAUCAACUUCCAGCCGAAUGAGCAACAAACGAUCAAGAUCCUCUUCGAGCCAAAUUAUCGAACGGAUCUUCUUUCACGACGAUGUAACUCGAAGCUUGAAAUCGACUUUGUUGAUCACCCAAGUUCGGAUUUUAUCGAGCUUAUUGGCGAAGUUAAUUUUCCGAACCUCCAAUUCAGUACUCCUGAAAUUGAUUUUGGGACGAUUUUGAACGACACAGAAGUUGGAGUCGGCGUUUGCAUCAAGAACAACGGCACUCUUCCAGUAAAAUACAGAUGGUGGUUCGAGAUCGACGAUAACAGCAUCAAGAGUACCCAGCCGAUCAUUCGAAAGUCGCCAAAUACAUCCGAUUUUCUUUCCCAAACAACUUGUGGAAAGCAAACGAUCGAUCAAAUCUGGCACGAAAGAUGCUCUACGAAUGCUUCGAUCUGUGGCACUUCUCGCGGUGGCUAUUGCCAGACACCAAUGAUGAGCGAUAAAACCGUUACUUUGCCAUCUGGCGCAACAACCACAACCACUCCGGCUACAUUUGACUCUAACCGCGAAACUGGCGAGUUGACGGUAUCUUCCUUGUCUCCACCUAGAGACAUCGCUGAUGUCUUCAAUAUCCUCCCGCUAUCCGGCUCGCUUAAACCUGGUCAGAUGAUGUCAACUGUCUUCUCGUUCUUUGGACAUCCUUGGAUUUCCGCCAACUGCAAAGCCGUCUGCGACGUUGAAGGUGGACCCCAGUACGAAACAAUUGUUAAAGGGAACGCCUCUGAAACGGACUUUGAAUUCUCAGAGACAAAUCUUCAGUUCGAAAAAAUCCCGUUCGACGAAUUUGCCGAAAAAGAAUUGAUUCUGUACAAUCGAGGAAAUGUUGACUUCGAUUUCCAGGCUGAUUCGGAUUGUGUUGACAACAUAAACGACCUCAAAAUGGGCGGCAUCUGUCUCCAGCCAUGCUCAGGCGUCAUUGCUUCUGGCGCAUGUGCUACUAUCAAGGUGAUCUACUACCCUGGCAUGCCACAGAAGUUCUACAAGACGUUUGGUAUCCGUGUCGCUCAUUUCCAAACAACUCAGCUCAUUUGCCUCGGCGAAGGCGUGUUCCCUCGCGUCCAGCUUGAUCUUCCACGACACGAUUCCGAUGGCAACGUAGAGAAAAUCUCAAAUCUGGUUCGAAAGCAGCUGGAAAACGCGAGCAAUGGCUCAGCCGAAACUGUCAUUUCCGACACAGCAGUUGAGCAAGAAGCUGAGCGAUUGAUUCUUUGUGAAGCCAUUCGAACACUUGCAGCUAGUCCAUCGAAAUCAACGAGGAAAAACGCUCAUCGAUACUGCUUGCCAGACUAUAUCCUCGAUUUCGGACCGGUUAUUCUUGGACACGUAAUGACUCACACAGUUAGAGCAACGAACUGCGGCUUCGUCCCCGUCAACUUCAACAUCGAUCACCAACCUACAUUCGGGACUGGAUUCUUCUGCGAGCUCGACCGAGUGAAAGAGCUCCCAGGUUUCCCAAAACACGAGUUUGUCGAAUUCAAGCUCACUCUUGAUCCGAAAAAGGUGGGUCCUCAAGAAGUCAAGGUUCCGCUCACGAUUCAAAAUGGCCCCAUCGUCAAUAUUAUCCUCAGAGCUGACGUUCUUAUGCCUCAGAUUUCCAUCUCCACCAAAAAUAUUGCGUUCGGCGAAGUCGAGCACGGCCGAUGCAAAGUCAUCACUAUGCGUGUUUCAAAUCCACUUACUGUCGACGCUGUCUGGAAAAUCAAACGCGACACUAAAAAAGAAGUUGUCGAUAAACAUAUCCCUCUUCAUGUUCGCAAAGCUAUGCCAAAGAAGAAGGAAGGCCCGCAGAUUUUUGAAAUCGCACCCAUGGAAGGCCAUCUCGCUCCUGGAGAAUUCAGAGAUGUCCAAGUCAAGUUCAUGCCCGACGGGAACGGAAACUUCAGCGAAAGCCUCCUGUUUUCUGUUAUUGACUCAGAAGAAAAGAUAAGAAUUCCAGUCAGCGGAACGGGUCUUGGUCAAGAGCUGCAAAUCCUCUGUACUGAAGCGACAAUGGAUCCGAUCAUGCCGUAUGGCCACAGUGCCUUCCACGAUUUCAUGAUAAGCAAUCCUUGCAAAUCAGCGCUUGAGUUUUUCUCCGUUGAUUUCGACGAGAAGCACAUUGAAGAAGACCGAGUUAUUUUCGAGCAGAAGGGAUUCGAUCAGUUCAACAACCUGAUCCUCCCUCCUCGUGAAAUUAGCCAAGGAUUACCUCUUGCUCUUCAAGUCUCGAGCAAGCCGUCUAGUGCAUCGACUGGUCUAGCGUCUCAGCAUAGCCAGGACCAUAUUGAGACAAGUGACAUUGGCUUAGAAGAUCCUGUCGAAAAGGCUCUCAGAGAGUACAUCCAGAUUCAAGAUCCACAAAAACUCACUGACGAGAGCAACGCAAUCGGUUUAAUCAUUUGGGGUCCUACCCAGUCUGGAAAAACAACAAUGGCCAAGAUUAUUUCUGAGCGAUAUGGACUUCGAAUUCUCAAUAUGGACACUAUCAUCAUGAACGCGAUCAACUCCGGCACAAGUUUCUGGGCUCGCCGUGCCCAAGAAGCUUACGAACAAGACAUUUCUAGCGUCCCUUCGACUCCCAGCAUGAAGGACGGAAAGCGAAAGUCAGCGUUCCAGCCGUCGAGUGCGCCGUCGCGAAGCUCAGUUACUUCCAAGAAAACGACGAGAACUGAAAGUGAAGAUAAAGCCUUGAAGCCGCAAACAGAGACGAGGAGCAUUACUUCGAGAAAUUCAUCCAAAGGCAAUCUCAAUUCAAAGUCUUCCUUGUCUUCGAGAGGAGAGAAGGGGCCUGUGAUGAUCAGCGAGGACAUAAUCUCUGAAUUAUUCUCAGAAUUCAUGGCCGCCGAUGAAAAAGCGAACGGAUUCAUUUUCGAUGGGCUCGAAUGCAGCUUUUGCCAAAUCAAGAAGUUUGCUUCACAACGAUUCUCCGAUCUCUUGACAAAAUUGGAAUUCGCUGAGCUUAAACGGCGGGAAGAGAUUCACGAGAAAAUUGCGAAUGAUAAUGCGAAUUGUGAAGCAAACGCUCGUGAGUCAAGAAUUAAAGAGAUGACUGAAGAUGAGUACGACGCGCUUCCGUUAGAGAUGAAGAUUGAGUUCGAUAAAAAGAUUCUUGCUUCAAGAAAAGCGGCAAAACAGGCAAAAAUUGAGCGUAUGCGAAUUGAGAGGGAGCAGGCUGAGUUGGCUUCGGUUGUCCUCGAAGCGACAAAACAAGGCAAGGGCAAAAAAGGGACAGUGAAUAUGAAGGCUUCUGUUCUCGCCUUCAAAUCAAACUUGAACUCUCAAGACAACGAAUCCGAAAACACAGCGUCAAGCGGAGCAUCAAGAAAACGUCGCCAGUCGAUCAAGCCAACACUUCUGGAAGUCAGCGACGAGGAUCAAUUAUUGAUGGACAAGAUGAACGCCUUUCAGGAUCUGUCACCUAUUCUGGAGAAUUAUGUAACUUACUGGAAUAGAAUUGAGCGCUGUCUUGUUAAAUUGCCGGAUAAUAAUAAAAUCACAGAUGAAGACAAAGACAACAAGAAAGAUGACAAAAAGGGGAAAAAAGACAAGGCAAAAAAAGAGUCAAAGAAAACGCAGCAAGAAAUUGAGGAAGAAGAGCAAAAACUCAAAGCUGAAAUUGAUGCGAUCAUGGCUCGCGAAGAAAUUGGCAUACCAAUGGCUGUCGUUUAUUCUCCUUAUAAAUUUCCGGCUGAAAAGGAGUACAUGUACAUUCUUCCAGACGAGAAAGAAUUUAAACAAAUCAUGGAAGAAGAAAAAAUACCAAAUAUUCCAGCGCCAAUUGAAUUUUCUGUCAUAAAGAAACCAGCUGCACCAACUGAUCAGAUAACUCAGCCAAAGGGAGUCUUUACUCUCGUCGGUUACGGUCCUGACGAUCCAAAUGUAUCAGAAGAGCUCCAGGAAGAAGAAGCGCGUAGAACUCCAAUAGAUGAAGAAAAACGCACAGAUUCAAAGAAGACAAAGAGAACGAAGCUUAAUUCCAAGGCUUCGAAAUCGGGCAUGAAUUUAAAGGAGAAGAACUCGCCCUCACCUGAUAUUCUUGUUCCUGUUUAUGAGAAAAUCUACAAAUUGGCAAAAUAUCGAUGGGUACUUGAUCCCGGUGAAAGCAUGAAGCUGCGAGUCCGUUUCAACUCGAAGAACAUUGGUCUUUACGAGAGUCCUCUUGCCUUUGAAAUUGUCGGUUCUCGAAGACGAUUCGAAAUCGCUUGCAAAGGAAGCUGCGAAUAUCCGAUGAUCAUCAACAAGCCAGAAAGCGUCUUCAGCAAUAUUCUCAAGACACCUCUUGGGCCUAAUGAACACGUUAAUAAGACAUAUCUCGUUGCAGAAGGACUCUAUGACUUUGGCCCGCUUCUCGUUGGGAAGACAAAAGAUCGUCUUCGACCAAACAAGUAUCCGGAUAACAUUGACAAGCUGAAAAUCAUUAAUCCACGGCCGUAUAAAAUCGAAAUUAACUUUAGUCUCAAGGAGUCUGAAGGAGUCAAUGGCACGUUCUCGCUUGAUCAGACGAAGCUCUGCUUAGAACCGAAAUCGCACGCUUGGCUAUCCGUCUUCGCCUUCCCGAAGACUCAAGGAUUGUUCAAAGAUACGAUCAUCUGUGAGAUCAAAGACAAUCCAGAGCCGGUCCAUUUUGAUAUCGCUUGCACAGCCGUCAAGCCUGAAGUGGAGGUGGACAAGAAGCAAGUGCAGUUCGAAAAGCUACUUCUUCACCGUAAAAAUACGCAGAAACUUACACUCACGAAUCCAACAGCGAUCACGAUCGCCUGGCGACUCGCAGCGAUGGAAAACCUCGGAGAUGAAAUAUCAGCGAGUGAAGACUACGGAGCCAUCCCGCCGCAUUCAAAGCAUGAGAUCACAUUUACUUUCCGCGCAAUAAAGCCAAUGAAUCUCAAGAGGACCAUUCGAGUCGAGAUUGGCGAUAUUGACAAUGUACUUGGUGUCUGUCAGGCAGAAGCUGUUCAAGUGAUUGGAGAAGCAUACGAUGUCGCCCUAGAUAUGUCCUUCCCGCGAGGAGCUGAUGGUGGAUUGGAUUUCGGAACCGUUCAAGUUUUUGAAGAAUGUAAGCAAGCAUGCGCGCUGAAGAACAAAGGAAAAUACGAGAUCCAUUACAAGUUCACGUUUGAAUCUUUCAACGGCAUGAAAGUCAAGGGUCCUCUUUCUGAUCUUUUCAAAAUCGUGCCAAGCCAUGGAUCUCUCAAUCCAACUGAUCGCCCGACCCAAGUGCAUAUAAUUUUCAACUCGCGAUCUGAGAUCCAAAUAACCGACGCGCCGAUUAUCCGCUGUCACGUGAUUGAGCCUUCGAUCGGCAACAACAAUACUAUCGCCUCGAUUCCAAUCAAAAUCACAGCGAAAUCUGUAUUUUCCAAAUAUGAUAUUGUCCCACGAUCUGAUAUUAAUUUUGGCGCGAUGUUGGUGUCAACUAAACGAAGCAGAACCUUUACGAUUGAAAACAAAGGAGAAUUCGACUUCCGAUAUUCGCUGCAAAAAUGCGACAUGCAGAGCCACAAAACUCAAUCAUGCAUCAUCUGCACGGUCGUCAAGAAAGGAGGCAAAGGUGGCUACCGACAAGAGGCAAAUCAGAUCCGACUUAAUCACGGGCCAUUCUUAAUUUAUCCUGGCUUCGGAACGAUUCAACCCGGCCAAUCUGUAACGAUUGUGGUCGACUGUGCGAUCGAACAAGCGAAGAAUUACGAAGAAUACCUCGCUAUCGACAUCACUGAUCGCGAUCCCGAGGAUCACAGCAACGGGGUUCCAUACAAGCUCAUGGCCGAAGGCUGCCUGCCAAACAUCGACACGUCCGACAUAAGCAGAAUUUUCGAAGAACAUAGAAUCGUUCGUUCUUUGAACUCACUUCGCCACAUCCGAAGUUUGACGAUUGACGACAGCUGCUACAGCAUUGACGAAAACCGCUUCCGAUUUCCAAGCACAAUUGUAGGUACAAAAGUCACCGCGAAAUUCCGCGUACUGAAUCCGCAUAAGUUACCGGUUGAUUUGAACAUCUCUGUCCGCGCUGUGUCAGUUAGAAACCAACUGAAAGUCGCUGAAGUUUUCGAUGUUGAACCUCAAAAAGCACAAAUCGCCCCGCAUAAAAAUUUGAUUGUCGAGGUUUCAUUCUGUCCGAAAACGAUUCAAGAAUACGACUGUAUCUUCGAAGCCGCUGUUGAGUGUAGUUUAGCACAGUUCAAGCCCAAAUCGCUCACCUUUGCGGUUUUCGGAGAGGGAUCUCUUCCAUCCGUUUCACUCGUUGCUCCAGCUUUACGAAGCUCAAACGGUCAUGGUUUACUCAACUUUGGUCGGCUUCAAACUGGAAAGCAGGUUCUUCUUCCAGUAAUUAUCGAGAACACCGGCGAUCUUCCAGCGCAUGUCAACAUGGAUAUCACCGAAUGCGAGUUCUUCAAGAUCUCAAAGAAGAACAGCGACUUUGUCGAGUUGGAGGAAAAUCUACACUCGUACUACUCGCAUGAUGCAACAACAGUGAUCAAUCCUGGUAAGCAAGCUCAGUUUCAAAUCGCCUUCUCGACGAAGAAAACUGGCUCGUUCAAGGGAACCCUGGCCAUCCGACUUCAAGACAAUGAGUUCGAAACCAUCGUGUGUGAUUUACAUGCGCAGGCCUACUCGGACUCCGUUUUCAUUCAAAAUCUGCCAACCUUGCCAAUCUCUCUGAAUGGUGGAUCUACAACUGAUGUUCUUUACUUUGGGCACCAGAAUAUUGGAGAAGACGCGACGAAGUCAUUCGUUAUUUUCAACUCGUUUUCAAACAAGUCAAUCAAAUUCGAGUUUGAUCCCUGCGCGAACAUUGAACUUGCUCCCAACUGUGGUCACCUUCACCCAGGUGCAAGAAAAACGAUCCAAGCUCAACUGAAAUCGUCAAGUUCUCUUUUGCCUGGAGAAAAUGGCACUCUCGGAACAAUCAAUUGCAAGAUUUCAUUGAUUCUCCUCGGUCGAAAAGCAGUCGACUGGGACGACCGCUUGAAAUACGUCCAUUGGGUUGACACAGAGGUGGAAGGUGAACGAAUUGUCAAAAAGAAGGUGGAAGAUAAGCUUGCUGAACCAAAGCAUGAGGUCAUCGAAGAGCUACCUCCACUUUCUCUUGACGUCGUUGGUACAGUAGACUAUGCAAAAGCAGAGCUUUCAGAUGAACAACUUAAUUUUGGAACGCGGCGAAUUUUCUCAGAAAUGAGCAAAAAAUUUACGAUAACCAAUACAGGUGCCGUCGAUAUGACCUUCAACUGGGAUCUAUGUCACAACCAAGCCCUUUGCCCAUCUGGUGGUGCAAAAGAGCCCAGAAUAAAGACUGCGGUUCCUUUCAAGACUGAAGUACUCAACGGCUUUACCGUUUCGCCCAUGUGCGGUAAGAUUCUCGCCGGUGAAACUGCUACUGUUAACGUCAAAUUCUUGCCGACUAAUGCCGGAGAAAUAAACGCAAAUGCAACGUGCUACCUUGCUAAUGGAGAAGCUGGAAACAAUACGUUGAACAUCAAGCUCACGGGUGAAGGCUUGAUUCCCGAUAUUCACUUUUCGCUUCCACACAAAAAAUCUCUUCAUGGAAACUCUCAUCUUCUAGAGCUCCGAGAAAAUGAAGAAGGCGUCCCUCAAAUUUAUUUCGAAGCCAUUGGAAUGUCUACCAAGGUUUUGUCUAAAGUUUGGAUGCUGAACCCGACAAGUUCAUCUUAUGAUUGGAAAGUUACGAACAUCUAUGAGAUGGACAGCGAAGAAAAUCUUACUCAUACGAUUCGAUGCCUCACUCCACGUGGAAGACUUGAAGCUGGGCGUAAACAAUUGAUCAAGUUCGAGUUCUCUUCUGACUCCGUCCUCCCAAUCAUGAGUCGCUGGAAAUUCCAAGCCUGCACAGGCGUAACCUUUGAAUUUGAUGUCAAUGGUCUUGCUCGAAAUCCGCGAAUUUUCCUGGAUGCUACCCACAUCAGUUACCCACGAUUGAUAAGUGGCUGUUCAAGCAAGCAAAUUGUCAAUGUUAUCAACGACGACAUUAUUCCUCUGGACGUCUACAUACCCGAAGAAUCCCUGAAAGUCGCUGACAUUGGUUGGAAAGUCAAAUGCCCGUCUUCGAGUUUCCGCCUCGAAAGUGGAGAAAAGCGUCCACUAGAGAUCAACCUUGAAGGAACUGGCUCUGGGUCUAUCAACCACGAAGUCGAAGUCCGAUGUAACCGAAAACUUUCUCAUGACAAGGAAAUCGGCAUGAAUAUUGCUAUCAGCGCUGUGUGCCACGAAAUGAAAGUUCAGCUCAGCAUCGAAGAUCAGUACUCGAACAAAUAUCCACUCAAGAGAAACGAAGUCAACAAGAUCAAUCUCAACAAGAUCGAAAUUCACGAUACUGUUAUGAAAUCAUUCGUCAUUCUCAAUGAGUGCGACCAUCCAGUUGAAUAUUCUUGGAUCCUUCCUAAGAAAACUUCUGCUUAUUCCUGGAAUGUGGAACCAGAAACAGAUGUCAUCACUAACACUGAACAGAAGCGAACAAAGACAGUUGUUGGUUUCACGCCUCAUAAACUUGGUCCGAUCACAAACGCGACGCUCACUUUACAAGUCGCCCAUGGAAUAGCCUACACUUUAGAGUUCGUUGGAACCUGCGUGCCUCCAGGUGUCAAAUUCAGCUUCUUUGAGCACAACUUUGGUCCUACAUUCCUGUUCAAGCCUGGUAUGCCAGAUACCUCAAAAGAAUUGGUUAUAGAAAAUCACGACUUGAAAGAAAUCUCUGUUGAAAUGAGAUCUAAGAAGAAGAAGGACUGGUAUAGCUGCGAAUUUGCGCCUAUACUACUAAGACAUCGACAGAAGGCCACUUGCAAAUUUGUCUUCAGGCCUACAACUUGCAGAUCAUUCACUGACACCGUUGAAUUCGUCAUCAAUGGCUUGUCCGUUUAUGAAGUUACCAUAAGCGGCAAAGGAGUGGAUCUUCGGCUUGAGCUUAGAAAACCGAUUCCACGAGGAGAAAUACGUUUGGGAGCAAUCCGCGCAGGACAGAGCGUGACAAAGCUCAUUCCAAUCGUGAACAGAUCAUCUGCUACCGCGGAGUUCCAAAUCGUCCAGGCUUUUAGAUGUGAAGGCCUCAACCAAAACGGUGUCAUUGGAAUCAGCCCCGGUGGUAUGAUGAAACUUGAGCCAAAAGAAAGCAUCGACGUUGCUGUAACAUUUGCGCCAAGUUCACGACUUCCAGCGUUCAAGGAGCAUCUUUUGCUUGAGUGCAUGGAUAUUUCAAAGCACUUCUUGACCAUAACUGGCGCUUGCCAUGCCGUGCAAGUCUCCUUAGAUCAAGAUGCGAUUCCAUUCGCACCAGCGAAUCCGAGAUCGUCUACUGAACGACGGCUUAUCAUGAGCAACACUGGCGACAUCGGCGUUGGCUUCGAGUGGGACACAGAUCAACUUACAAAGGACUUUUCCAUUAACCCGCUCAAAGGAUACCUUAGUGCAGGAAAUUCAAUGGCUAUUACAGUUUCUUUCCAUCCAAAACACGUCAGCCAGGAUAUCCGAUGUGACGCGAUUGAAUGCAAAAUCGAAGGAAGUGACAGUUUAUUCUUGACUUUGACUGGUACUUGCGUCCCCGUCAACACAACCAAAGAACAACCAACUCCAUUCCAGUGUCUUGUUCGUUCCCGGGUUACCAAAUCCGUCUCAAUCAGGAACCCAACUGCUCAUACAUGGACUCUUAAUCCAAUCAUUGACGGUAUUAACGCCAACUACUGGAGCGGUCCUGAAGCCGUUUCUAUCGAGCCAUAUGGAACUCGUGCAGUUGAUUUCGUCUAUCAUCCGCUUUCCAUGUUACCACCAGGCAGAAAACACAAUGCGUCUGUAUUCUUCCCCUUACCGGAUGGAAAUGGCCUCCAUUUUCCAUUUGUCGGACAUGCAGAUGCGCCGAAGCCGAUCGCCAUUCCUACUCGAGACGUUCCGUGCAAAACGAAGCACAUCGAACUUCUCAAGAUUGAAAAUUGGCUUCGUCAGCGACAACGACUCCGUGUGUCUAUCGAAAUGGUGUCACCUGAUAAGCUCGACGCCUCGAUCAAACUUCAUGGGCCCGAGUAUAUCGAUGUUCCUGCUCUUGACACCGUUAAUUACGAGUUGACUUUUUCUUCUCACAAAGAAGGCAACCUCAGUGCAAAGUUGUACUUCAAGAACGAAGUGACGAACGAGUACAUCUUGUACAUGGUAAAAUUCAAAACCACUCAGCAGACCACCUUCGAAACAAUCACGAUGAACUCCCUUGUUCGCAGCGCAGCCACGCAUAAUAUCAAGAUCUUUAAUCCGAUGCAGACGCCCGCCCAAUUCCAGAGUGAAUGCAAAGUGACCGAUGUAACCGUACCCGGCAUUUUCACCAUUCCACCACAAACAAACGGACAAGUCUCUGUCGAAUACCUGCCCAGAGUGGGCGAGUCGACCGGCCGCUUGACUUUUACGAAUCCGGAUUUGGGAAUCUUCCAGUAUGACUUGAACUUGUGUGGUAUCGCUGGAAAGCCAGAAUCGCCGACUUACUUCGAAACUCCGCUUGGACAGACUCACUCUGUCAGCAUCAAGUUCAUGAAUCUGGCGAAGAAAAAGACCGAGUUCAACGCAAAGCUGACUUCGACAAAGGACUUCCAAGUAGAGCGAACUAUCGCCGCGAAUGCAUCAUCCGAAGUAAUCGUCGAAGUCACCUUCGAUCCAAGUGCGAUUGGUUCGUCUAAGGCAACGCUUAUUCUAACCUCUUUCUCUGGAGGAGAGUUCCAGUUCCCUCUUGUUGGAAAAUGCACACCUCCAAAACCUCAAGGACCAUUUUUCAUCAAGGCAAGAUCGUCUAUGACAAUUCCGUUCAGAAAUGUUCUGACGAAAGCGGCUGAUUACAGAUUGACCCUCGACAAUCCAGCUUUCUCGAUAGUCCGUGAUCUGGAAACCAUCAAGUCGAAGCGAGUUUGCCACAUCAACAUUCACUUCGAAAACAUCCCGGAGAACUUCUCAGGCGACUUCAUCACGGGAAAACUUACGAUCACCUCGCCGAAAGCUCUUCCUGGAACGUCUUGGGAAUUCUACUUGAAAGGACAAGGCACUGGAAUCAAGGACAGAACUAUGUCAGUCUUUGCAACCAUUGCAGCUUCAACGAAAUUGAAAGCCAAUGACGGACAACGUAAAGAAGAUACACAUUUAAAUAUUUAA